GUUUAUGAGGUUUUAAACCUAAACAACUUUUUCUUUCAUAUAUUUUUAUGAGUCCUAUACAUAUAACUGUAUUUUUCACUCAGUUAUAUCACUUUUUUCUGGCAACUUGUAGAGAUAGAGAUAUCUUAAAAACCAAUCCAGUCCAUUGUAAAAGCAGCAGCACCAGAUUUGCGUAAAACCCACUUGAUUGCUUCAACUCUCUCUCUCUCCCUCUCUCUCUCUCUCUCUCUCUCUCUCUCUAACUUGAAUUCUAAGUAUGAUUUAUCCCACUUUUCUUUAAAUCAUAAGAAAUUAAUCUUAAAUUUCCUCGCUCUUACAACACAGACAUAUAUUCUCAAACCCCAUGUCUGGAUUGUUGCUGUGAUCAGUAGCUAACCUGCUAGCGGCUUACUAUUUUCCGGACUUUCAUCAGCACACAGGAAAAAUGGGACGCCAUUCGUGUUGUUUGAAGCAGAAGUUAAGGAAAGGCCUCUGGUCACCGGAAGAAGAUGAGAAGCUCUUCAACUACAUCACUCGAUUUGGUGUUGGCUGCUGGAGCUCAGUCCCAAAGCAUGCUGGUUUGCAGAGGUGUGGAAAGAGUUGCAGAUUGAGAUGGAUAAAUUAUUUGAGGCCUGAUUUGAAGAGAGGAAUGUUCUCACAACAGGAAGAGGAUCUCAUUCUUAGUCUUCACGAAGUUCUAGGCAACCGGUGGGCUCAAAUUGCAGCACAAUUGCCAGGAAGAACCGACAAUGAGAUAAAGAACUUUUGGAAUUCAUGUUUGAAGAAGAAGCUAAUGAAGCAAGGAAUUGACCCAACUACCCACAAGCCACUAACUGAAGAAGAACUGAAAGAAAGGAAGAACAUUGAUUGUUCAGACCUAAAAGAGUCUUUGCCAAUGCCAGAGCUUCCAGCUAUGCCAAUAACCAUGGCUUCCCAAGGCCCAACAUUUCUUCUCAAUGAUUCAAAUUACUAUGAUGGAAAUGGAGGAGUCCUCAACAAUCCACAAGCCUCAAGAGCCUUUGAUUCUCUAUCUUAUUUCGAGUACCAACCCGGUUUCGAGUCCCAAUCCGGUUUCGAGUCAUCAUCAGCCUAUAAUUCAGAUCUUGUUGCCACUCAAUACCACCAUACCAACAUUAGACCUUAUGAGUCAAGCUCAAAUUUUGGGUUUACUUCAAUGCCAAGUUUGGCAAAUUCGGACCACGGAAGCAUGUCCGGCACAGAUUUUUCGGACAAUUCAGCUUCGAGACUCAGCUCAUUUUUCAUGAAUGAGGUUAAGGAAAGCUCGAGCAAUAGCUCGAACGUCAGCAGCUAUGCAGCAGGGUAUCAUAUGACCAGCAACAACGGCAACAACACAAUCGAAAAUGCGGCUUUUUCAUGGGAAACAGAUAACAAACUAGACUCUUUGUUUCAGUUUCAUGUCAAUGGGAUAAAGUCUGAGGAAAUGAUCAAACCCACUAGUUCCUGGCAACAACAAGGGCAGCUUGUUCAUCACCAUGCUCAAAAUUCAGUAGAUUUCAGUAGCUAUCCAUUAACGUCGUUGUCAGAAGAUCUAACAGGUGAAAAUUUUGAUGUUUUCCAGAAUAUUUGAAAAUUGUAAAUUCAUUUUUAAUUCUUUGGGUUUUUCAUGGGUUUUUAAACAAAUACACAUCGAUGUUGAUAGUAACAGGGGAAUUCAUACUGGUGAAAAAAAAGGGUUUGAGAUAUUUGAGGAUAUUUUUUUUUUCCACUUUUUAUUGACAAGGUUGUUAAAUUGUAAUUUGCAGAACAUUCUGUAAUCUGUAUUUUUAUGUUUUCUUUUUUCAGAAAAAAAAAAGUUGAAAUAAGAUGAUCAUGAGUGUAAUUAGUUC